AAUUUCAGUCAUCAACGACCACACCAAGUGAAAGCAGUAACAUUCGCCAGCUUUGGCUUUGUUUUCUGCAUUUCCCACACAAUUCAACUACAUUCAAAGCUAAUCCACAACAACGCGUGUAUCUUUUAAACUAAAUACAAAAUGGCGCAGACUAUUCAGAUGACUAACGAGCAACUGCAAGCGCUCAUCGAAGCAGUGCGUGCGUCGGCUGUCAGCGCAGCUGGCAACGCUGUCGCUGCUGGUGAAUCUUCAACAUCCAAGACGAAGGGCAGCUUCAGUAAUUGCACACAUCGAUUUGGCGGUGCUCGCAGUCAUGACGAGGUCGAGGAGUUCAUCACCAACAUUGUCACCUACAAGGAGUUGGAGAGCAUCAGCGAUGAGAACGCCCUCAAGGGCAUCUCACUCCUCUUCUACGGCAUCGCUUCCACUUGGUGGCAAGGUGUUCGGAAGGAGGCAAAGACCUGGAAUGACGCUAUUGGUCUAAUCCGUGAACACUUCUCUCCCACUAAGCCUGCCUACCAGGUCUACAUGGAGUUCUUCGAGAAGAAACAGGAGGAUUCGGUUGCCAUUGACACCUUUGUGGUCGAGAAACGUGCACUGCUCGCUCAGCUGCCAGAAGGUCGCCACAAUGAAGAAACCGAAUUGGACUUCCUCUACGGCCUCUUGAAUAUCAAGUACCGCAAACACAUUCCCCGUCAGAGCAUCACAACGUUUCGUGACCUUCUUGAGCAAGGACGCAUCAUCGAGCAUAACAACCAAGAAGAUGAAGCCGUAUCCAAGGGUCCACUACGCGGUGCUCGCCGUGUUGAUCGUUGCACUUACUGCAAUUUCCGUGGACACACGUUCGAGAACUGCCGCAAACGUCGACAGGCACAGAACGAGGGCAACGACGAUUAAAAGACUACUCGCACGCAACUCUUCAAAUCGUGACAUCAUCGGCAAAUUAAAAAUAACAACUGGUUGCGUAGGGCGCACAUCUAAUACGCUGACGUCACGAUCCAACAAAAAGAAAUACAGCAAGACUUCGCCACGCUGGUCACACAUUGACAAGAACGAGAAGGAGGAUGACAGCUUCUACACAAGUUCAUUUCACUCUCUCAUUCAUCGCCAAGUGACGUGCCGGCAAGCUAAGCCAAGCUUAAGACAACAACAACAACAAAACUUCACGCUGCGCCUGCGGCUAUUUUUGGCUAUGAACGCUAACUCUAGAAUGGUUUUCGUGAUAUUAUCACAACAAUGUUUAUGCACCAAGGAACAUCUUGAUGGGAAAUUGAAGGGGGGAGAGACGCACGGAUUUCGCUCCUAGGCCGAAGCUUUUCGUAUUGAUGCGGCCCAGCAGAUCAGCGACGUUCUGAAGUGUAUUGCACUCGGCUGUUGUUCUUCGGAACUGCAGCCGAAGGCUUUACUCGACGGACGUCGUUGAAUCUGCUGAGUUUGUAUCAGCGGAGAGCUUUUGGCUUGGGUGUUUCGUGCGGCUCUCCCCUCUCCACUUUUUUGUCAAAAACCGCUGCCUUGACCUAGUGUUUGUGCAGGGGCGGGUGAAGCGUGUACGAGGCUAUCAAGUUGAGGGUUCUCCCAACAACCUGUCGCUUAGUUUGCGCUACAUCGGCAACUCGGUGCGGAUCCUUAAUCAAUGCGGCAAAAAACCCCCCGCCGUCAGUCAUUGAUGCCGUUCCUUUUGUGCGACGUAUGUCCUUGGCGGAGCUCCAGGCUGUGCACAGUGCGUAGUAAGCAGCAAUGUUGAAAUGUGUUUCGAUGCAUUUCAGCGUUGUUGCUCUGCGGUGGCAACUGUGUCCGGCCUGAAGCUGUUGCCAAAUGGUUGUGCGUCUUUCGCGAUAGGAACUGUUAUUGAUUGGCUGUUGGCAAAACCAAAAUUCUCUCUAUGAGAGAACUUUGAACAAAUCAAACAAUUUAAUGACAUUUUAUGUCAAUAUUUGUCAAAGUACAUUGCACCCCGAUGGCUAUGUUGUCGCCAUUCGUGCAAUUGGCACGCUAAAUUGUCCUUGGCUGAAAAGCUGCUCUUAAGAGCACUUCGAUGACAGACAAGUUCUAGGCACGCCAUCAAUUUUCAUUCACACAAAAGGGUUCUUGGAUUCGUCGCCGCCCAGCAGCUCCAGCAUGUGGCGACUGCCCUGAACCCACCACGUUUGUAAAUGCAACCUCUUGUGCAGAAUUAAUAGGCGCGUAGUACCAUCAACAUCUACAUCGGUAUAUAUUGGCCCUUGUUGUUUAGCGGGCCAGAAUACGGAGCACUGGCCACUCACGCGCUGUAACAAACUUGGACCCGCACUCCCCGAUGAUAUGACAGUGCGCUUACUUGGCCAUUGUGAUCAUCAUUAUACUGGGGGCCUAUGGAUGACCACAAGAGGUUGCGAUAAUCAAGCACAACUAAAUUUGUAAAGACUGAACUUAGAAAAAAACGAAACAAUCAAAAUACACAACUAAAAUAAAAA